AUGCGUAUUUUACCGUCACUUUCUUUCUUUUCACUCGCUCUUCCGCUCUUGGUUGCCGCUCUCGAUGAGUCGCAGAUGCAAGCGCACCUCGCCGCUGCGUCAGGUCUUUUGGGAACAUGGGAGGAAUCUUCAGAUGCACUUGCUGGAUGGAUGAGCAACCAACCAGACUCGACAACGUUUCCUACUCUCAGUAUUCCAGGGACCCACGAUUCUUUGGCCUGGAAUGUUACGGGAAUUGCAGCCGCGUUCACCAAGACCCAGGAUCUGCCGCUCUUCAAACAACUCAACGGUGGUGUGCGCUUCAUUGAUUUACGAGUAGGAGAGAAUAAUGGAAUGAUCCAACUCUAUCACGGUGCUGCGCUUUUGGAUACGACCGCACAAUUGGCAGAUAUCUUUUGGGGUCUGUACAGAUGGCUUGAUGCGCAUGCGACGGAAACGGUCAUGGUCUCGGUUAAGGUCGAUAAUGGGAACAGUACCGCCUCUCUGCAGCAGACUAUCUAUGACCUUGUGACUGGUCAAGAUGUGGCCCAAUAUUGGGUUCAAAGUACUGCGCUUCCUACGCUGGGCGAGGCGCGUCACAAGGCGAUUCUGCUUCGUAGGUUCGCAUUUGAUCAGCUGCAGAAUAUCACACCCAUCGGCAUCGACGCAUCCUCGGGCUGGGCGGACAACAACGCCCAGUUCCAGAUCCAAUACGGCGCCAAUGGCGAGACGCUCUACAUUGAAGACUUUUACAACGUCGGAGGCAACGACCUUGAAAGUGCCGUAGCCUCCAAGUACCUUGCGCUCUCCGCCAAUCUCGAUAUUGCUACGAGCGCUCAGCACCCAGAUGGCUUGUUCAUCAGCUUUGUGAGCGGCUAUUCAGGAAUUUCUGUCACUCCUUCGCAACUCGCCCAAGGAAAUAACACAUCACCCGGGAUGAACAGCAGAGCACUGUCGUACUUGGCCGGCAAGCAAGGCUCGCGAUUUGGUGUGGUGCUCUUUGACUUUUUCGGCUCCGACUCGCGUCUUGCGCCUGCAACGCUUGGACAAUCGGUCGAUUUAAGCGCCACGCCGAGUGGUGCAGCGAGCCCCUCGACGACGAGCAUCGGGACGUCGCAUUCGAACGGCGCACAUCUUACCACUGCAUCCUCUCUCCUUUUCCCCAUCGUACUCCUCGCAGUCUCUUCUCUUGGCAUCUCUCUAUGA